AAUCCACUUACCUUUAAUUAUUUCUUGUUAAGUAUAAAUAUUAUUUCAAAUCUGCUCCCUUAAUAUGCACUUUUUUACUGCUUUUCCUACCUAACACGUUACCAGGAAGUCACGUUACCAGAGUCAGAGUAAUAGUGAACACGUUUGACAGUGAUUGUCGUCGCCUCAUAUUCAGCGUCGACGAAUAGGGGAAUCCCCAGUCAUAAUGUAUUGCAUGCGUGGCGGUCUUACUUCAAAUCCAUAAACAAAGAGAUAAUUACAGAACUCGAUACUAGAUGGCGCUGUUUUUGUUUGAAGAAAGUUUGCGGGCUAAAAUACAUAGAAUUUCAUCAAUGACUUCCACAAAGAACAACAUUUCUGUUUUUUCUAAGUCCGUAUCUCUUCCGUAUAUUUCAUAAGAUAUAAGCUUGGGCUACAUUGUUAUGCAACGUGAUUUUGUCGCUGUCUUGCUAGCAGGGUUGACAGAUAUACGAUUUAAAUCGUACUCAUACUAUUAUUUGUCUAUUUUUUAAUGUACGAUCGUAAAGAUUAUGAUCGUAAUUCGCACAAAAACAUACGACUUUUUGGUUACCUGGCAACAUUUUUAUUAUGAAACGAACAUGCUCACAUCAUCAGUCACAUGCAACAAUUUAUUGGGGAUUUCCCCUUCACAUCUGGCAGUCCUGCUUGCUAGAAUAUAGGUAAGUCAGCCACAGUUACUGACGAUCGAUAUUUAAAGGGUAUUGUUUUUGUGCUAAAUAUUUCAUAAAAACGUUAUUUAAUACUUUGUGGAUUAUUAAUUUAGUUGAUAAUCACUGGAAGUAAAAUGGAUGCUAAUUUGAGAGAUCAAGAUCUUCGUAUAAAACAGUUAAUAAAAGAAAAUCUACAAAGAAAAAAAUGUCUGCCAAGCCGUAGCCGAAGCCGAUCUCCAAAUAUAUUUGGCGAUAGUGAGACCCAGUGUCCAGAUGAUUUACCCAGCGUCGUCGCAACAAAGAAAAAAAACGAGGAUAAAGUAAAAGAAAAUUUACUGAAAGAAGAAACAAACUGUUCUAAAUGCUUAAUUUAUGGAGAAGAGGAUAAAAGAAAUGAGUAUUUCGGACUGUUAGUGGCUCAAGAAUUUAAAUAUAUACGGCCAUGUGUGCGAACGAGGUGUUAUGAAGAAAUUUUAAAGUAUCUACGGGAAGCAAAAGGCCAACAUGUUGAUCAACUGCAACAUGAAAACACUGAAAAUUAAUUACUUUCAUUUUAUUAUAUAUAGAUUUUUAAAAUUUCCUGAAAUAUUAUUAGUUAACGUUUUAUUUAAUAUUGUAGAAUUGAUCAAUACAAUUUAUAAAAAUAAUUUAUUGGUAUUACUUACAUAUUUUCAAAAAAAUACGUAAAAACCUAUUUUUUUGGGUGAUUAUGGGAGUUUAUGGGUGUUUAUUGGGUUUUUACCAAAGCACCGGGUUUAAACCC